AUGAUCAAUCUGUUUAUUGCUGUUAUUAUGGAUAAUUUUGAUUAUCUGACACGGGACUGGAGUAUCCUCGGACGACAGCAUCUUAAUGAAUUUGUAGAUGUAUGGACUGAAUAUGAUCCAGCUGGAAAUUUUAUAAAAAAUACACUAAAAUACUUUAUCGUUAUGCGCGACCAGGCCAUUGUGUUUGUUGUUGCCUUUUUCUAUCUUUGUAGUGGAAAAAUAAAACAUUAUGAUCUAAUUAAUUUAUUACGAAAAAUAAAUCCACCACUUGGUUUUGGCAAACUAUGUCCAGAUCGAUUAGUAUAUAAGAAACUCUGUUCAAUGUCUAUACCAUCAAAUAAUGAUGAUGAUACAGUACCGUUUAAUGCAGUCUUAUUUGCGUUAGUUCGUAAUGCAUUAAAAAUUAACGUAGAUCAAUCAAAUGAAAAAUUACGCGUUGUUAUAAAAAAACAAUGGCAGGACACAUCAGAUGAACUUUUGAAUACGAUUCUACCAUUGUCAUUAGAAAGAGACAGCACUGAAAAUAGAGUAACGAUGAGACAAUUCUAUGCAACAUGUUUACUUCAAGAUUAUUUUCGAAGAUAUAGAAGACGAAAAGCCGAACAAGCAAACUUAAGUCGAUUAGCAAGUUCCAAGAAAUUUCAUUCGCGUUUAUCAAUUAAACUAAGACAAUUACAACGACAGAAAAAACUUGGGCUAGAAAUUCGACCUACUAUUUCGAUAAUAAUGGAUAACGAAGUGAACACUGUUAGAGGAAGAACCACGACUACCGCUGCAAACCAUGACUGA